GGAUGGCGUCCCACAACCAUGGUGAGGGUUGUUGCGGUUCGCAUCAAGGUGGAGGCGGCUUGGCAGACUACGACAUCCAGGGCGACGACCCAACGCUGUCUUCAUGCUGCAUCAAGGACAUGAAAGAGCAGGCUGAAUAUGUCCGCAUUCAAACAAUCCUCCAGGCGCACGAUGUGGCUGAGCAUCGGCUAGCCCAUCGACAACAAGCAACUGCUUCGUCCAUUUCGUCCACAUCGUCUCUGUUUCCACCGACACCAGCCAUUUCCAUGACAUCUUUCGAUCCGAGCAAGGGUGAUGACGACGAUGACGAUGACCUGGACGAGUUCGACUACCUGCUCGACGACAACGAAGCAGCCACGCAACGGCGAGUGGCUCUUGAGGCCAAGGUCAAGCUGCAAGCACAAGGACUUGGAAUCGUAUGGGGCGACAAAGAAUUCGCCGCUUUCCACACUCGUGUCACAGGAAUGCAAUGGGACGCCUUGGCGAAGCACAAGCAGAAUCGACCGACUGUCAUUGCGUGGCGCGCCACCGACCACGAGUCGACGAUGGUGUUGAAUGCGGCGCUGGUGGCCUGCGCCGAGCGAUACCUAGGAACUUGUGUGUAUGGCGUGUCCAGUGCAUGUUCAGACAAGCUCCAAGCAUUGUGUCACCGGCGCAUCACCCAACACAACAACACAGUCGUGUUUGUGGCAUUGAAUACCCACAGCCAGUACCUUGCACAUGUAUCUGUCACUGCGUUAGACGAUGCGAAAUGGGAAUGCGAAGUGCUACCGUGGCUGCACAAGUGCAACGUACUUCGGGAAACGUUUGAGGCCACGACGCGCGAAGCCGCCGCUGCCGCCGCGGGUAUACAACCGAUGGACAAGCAGCGAGCGAAAGGCUGAUGUUGUGUGAUACUAGGGGAAGACAACAGCAAGGACAUUGUGGAACAAGGGUAUGACUGCGGCCGUGACAAGUGUCGCCUCCGCCACGGCUAUUAUCACGAGCACGUGGGUCCGUCAGAAGAGUCUAAGCGCGACAUCUCCGAGUGGCGCCGCGAACAAAGUUAGCGCCCAUCAUUCUGUUGAAAUAUCGAAUGUAUGUCUGCCUAUGGUAGUCCAGAAAUACAGCUGUAGUGAGAUCCUUUCACAGACUCGUUUCGCGUGACAGAAUCUAAAUUCUAUGAUGCGAUUUCAU